AUGCCGAAGAACAAGGGAAAGGGAGGGAAGAACCGGAAGCGUGGGAAGAACGAGGCGGACGACGAGAAGCGGGAGCUGGUGUUCAAGGAGGACGGCCAAGAGUACGCACAGGUGCUCCGCAUGCUCGGAAACGGCCGCUGCGAGGCCAUGUGCAUCGACGGUACCAAGCGCCUCUGCCACAUCCGCGGCAAGAUGCAUAAGAAGGUCUGGAUCGCCGCUGGCGACAUCAUCCUUGUCGGCCUCCGCGACUACCAGGACGACAAGGCCGACGUCAUCCUCAAAUACAUGCCUGACGAGGCUCGCCUCCUCAAAGCCUACGGUGAGCUUCCCGAUAGCACCAGGCUCAACGAAGGCAUUGGCGGUGGCCUCGACGAGGAGGACGACGGCGCGGGCAAUGAUUAUAUCGAGUUCGAGGAUGAGGAUAUCGAUAAGAUUUGA